CUUGGUCUUUGUACAAUGGCAAUGAGGCUCUUGGGGAUCUGUGGGCGACCUUUGAUAUGCCCAGCCCAACAUGCCCCGCCUCUCCAGACUUUGACUCCGCCCUCAGUUGAUCAUGCAAGUGCUUCAGAUCGUCAAAGAGCUGGUGUCUCCGUCUCGACGCCGCGCCGGCUCCAGGUUUGCAGAAGCAGCACACAGACUGAGCUGUUCGACAGAUCGAUCUGGCUAAUGAAGGACCUUGGUGCGUCUGAAGGAGAGCAGGAUGCUGCUGUGAAGUUGGAUCAGGAACGGGCUGAAAUCGUAGCCAGAUAUGACAAGGGUUUGGAAGGUGGUUCGGUUGAGCCGUGGGAGGAGGCGAACUAUGACCUCUACAAAGUGGUGGACCGCUUCGGCUUCCUGCAUGAGAAUGAACUUCCAGACUCAAAUGCCAUAGAGGAAAAGCAAAAGCACCUGGAACUGGAGAGGACAGAAAAAUGGCUGAAGAUGCUGAAAAGCUGGGACAAGUACAAGAACAGCGAGAAGCUGGUAAGGAGGAUCUAUAAAGGAAUCCCACUACAGCUUCGAGGACAGGUCUGGAGUCUCCUCCUUGACGUCCCCAAAAUAAAAGAGGAGAAGAAGGACUUUUACGAGAAGCUGAAGAUGAGAGCAAGAUGCUUGUCUCCUGAUAUUCGUCAAAUAGAUCUGGACGUGAACCGCACAUACAGAGACCACAUCAUGUUUAUGCGCCGCUAUGACGUCAAGCAGCAGGACCUCUUCCACGUCCUCACGGCAUACUCUAUGUACAACAGGGAGGUGGGAUAUUGUCAAGGUAUGAGCCAGAUCACUGCUCUCCUCCUGAUUUACAUGAAUGAAGAAGAUGCAUUCUGGGCUCUGGUCAAGCUGCUCUCAGGACAGAGACAUACGAUGCAUGGAUUUUUCGUGCCAGGCUUUCCAAAGCUGCUACGCUUCCAAGAGCACCAUGACCGUAUUCUAAAGAAGAUGAUGCCUAAACUUAAACAACAUCUGGACAACCAGGAGGUUUUCACCAGCCUCUAUACCAUGAAGUGGUUCUUUCAGUGCUUUCUGGAUCGGACCCCUUUCACAUUAACCCUCAGAAUAUGGGACAUCUACAUUCUAGAGGGAGAGAGAGUUCUCCCUGCGAUGUCCUACACCAUCCUCAAGCUUCACAAAAAGACCCUCAUGAAGUUCUCCAUGGAGGACCUUGUGGAGUUCCUCCAGGCUACUCUCUCGAAAGAUUUCUUCUUCGACGACGACUAUGUAAUCGAGCAGCUCCAGAGUUCCAUGUCUGAGCUCAGACGCUCCAAACUAGAGCUUCCUGCUCCAGGUAAAGAUGAGGAGUUUCCUACAAAGCCACUGGGUCAGCUUCCACCUGAGCCUGAGGGAUUGGCGCCAGAGAAAGCCAAUCACAUCGCUAACGGGCGGAUGGAGGUUCUGCCGUCCCCGAGCACAGCCAUUACGGAAACAGUGGUUUCGGCAAAUGGAGAGAAAAAAGACCCGGCAGAUAAAGUGGCACAAAAGGUAGACAAACGGGAGGGGACCAAAGAAGCCACGCCCAACGAGAGAGGAAAGACGCACACACAAUCGAGCCAGAACUUGAACGUAGGUCUUAGCGGGCGCAGAGACAUUGGGCCACGAUGGGUAAAACCAUCCGAGGGCAAGCUAGCGGCCAUGAUCCUCAGCAGCACGGUACCCUCUUCUCCUGCCACAUCAGUGGCCAGUGAACAGCUGCGUCAUCAUCGCCCUCGCUCCAGAGGCUUCAUGCCUGGUGCUGACCGUGGCUCCAACGCCUCACAGUACGACAAUGUCCCAGUGUCCGAUGGAGAUGUUGUAGAUGUUCCGGUUUUUACGGCAGUUUCCGAACCUACUCGUCAGUACGUUGCACCACCUGUUAAACAUGAAAGCCCUACAAGGCCCUCUAGUGGUGGUAUCACUGCUCCAACUUUCAGAAUCCCUAAAAAUCCACCUGUUCACUUGAUGCCUGACCCCCGACAGGAUUUACACUACACACCAGGCAUGAUGCCUGUUUAUUCCCCCUAUCCCAAAAUGCAGCCGGAAAACCGAGCGUAUGGAAGAUCAUAUGAUGAGAGGGCAUACGGUACUACAGUACGCUCCACACCUCCAAAUCGCUCACCAGAAAAAUCCCUGAUAAAUAACAGCUACACCACGUACCGGCGUCAGCCGAUAAAUGCCGAUUUUGUAGGUCAGAUGGACAGCCUUGUUGAAAGCGGCCAUUUUCAGAGGCAGCCCACUCGGCAUGCAGACCAGCGUUAUGAGAGGCAGUGGCAAGGACAAGGCUGGCAUGGUGAGAUGGAUGUGGAUGGGGCGUCCCUGCGUAUUCCGGGCGGGUUACCCCGCUCAGCAAGCUUUAACAAAGCCCAGCUCUCACCUGUACACCUUGGCCAGGAGUUCAGCUUCCCACCAAUGCCCAUCUCAGACAACGUGAUGCACAACAGAGCUGUGACCAGCAGGAAACAGAUGCCUACAGUGUUCGGAGGAGUUCAUUAUCGACAAGAGGCCUUCGCCAUGCAGGAGUCCAUGCUGCUCUGAGAGAGAGAGAGAGAGAGAGAGAGAGAGAGAGAGAGAAAGUGAGAGAGAGUGAGAGAAAGUGAGUAAGAGUGUGAGAGAGUGAGAGAGAGAGUGUGUGUGAGAGAGUGUGUGUGAGAGAGUGUGUGUGAGAGAGUGUGUGAGAGAGAGUGUGUGAGAGAGAGUGUGUGAGAGAGAGUGUGUGAGAGAGAGUGUGUGAGAGAGAGUGUGUGAGAGAGAGUGUGUGAGAGAGAGUGUGUGAGAGAGAGUGUGUGAGAGAGAGUGUGUGAGAGAGAGUGUGUGAGAGAGAGUGUGUGAGAGAGAGAGUGUGAGAGAGAGAGUGUGAGCGAGAGAGUGUGAGAGAGUGUGAGAGAGAGAGAGAGAGAGAGAGAGAGAGAGAUAUGGUCUGAUAUAUCUGAUAAAUCAGAUAUGGACUUUAAAAAAUGUGACUAGGAGACAUGGAGGAAAAAGUGAGUGUUAGUGAGAUGGAUGGAUGGCAAAUAGAAUUGAUUAUCUGAUUAGCUGAUUAUCUAGAAAAAGUGUAUGUGUGUGUGUGUGAGAGAGAGAGAGAGAGAGAGCUCUGUUUGGUUUGUUCUGUGUGUUUUCUCAGUGGGACUCUCUGCCCUCAGCGUCUUUACUGAACCCACUUGGCAGCUUCCACCAGCUCCAGGUGUUUAUAAUGAUCAACCCAUUUUGUCGUUUUGAUUUCGUUCUAUUUGUUUUCUUUGCUUAAUACUAAUUAACAGCAACACUUUAUUUUCAAGAUUUUUACAUUUAAUAUUGUACAGAAAGUUUUUUCUAUGUAUUUAACCAUGCUUGUCAAUAGCGUGAAUUGGAGAGAAAAGAAAAUCCCACAUUAUUUUUAAAUAAUUUAGUUUUCCAUGAGCAUAAAGUCUUUAUAUGUAUAUAGUGUAUACAUAUUUUUGAGCUGGGUUUAUUAUGUAGGGUUUUGAAUAUGAAAAGAAUGAGCUCAGAUUAAAACAAUCACAAGUCCCAGUUCUACAUAUUUCAUGUUUGCACGAACCACAAAAUGUACAUUUUUAUUCUUCGGUAUGGAGGGAUUUCUUUCUCUCUCAAGGAUAUAUGCAGUAAAUGUGAGGAGAAUGUUAUAACUGUGACAAUCCAGAGAGUUUGGUAAUCAUAUGAAACCCUAUUACCAAUAGCAGCUCAUUUCAAACCUCCUGCUCACGUCUUUCCAGAAAAUGUCUCAGUCUGUCUGCUUUGUUAUAGUCCCAGAAUACACUCAGGUUAGGGGUGGUUUUGUUACAAAAGCUGCUCUGGAAAAGAAAGUAAAGCAUCAAAACACUAUCGUCAUCUUCGCAAAUAGCAAUAUCUUUAUAUAACUCAGUAAUUUAGCUUUAUUUAGUCAAUAUACACCAAGAUGCCAGUUUAUUAGCUAUGUAUAGCUAGAGGUGUGUGUGCAUUUUUUUUUUUUUAAAUCCCACCUGCUCCUUCUGUUCUUAUUGUUUUCAUAAAAUCAUCAGAAUGAAUGAAUGCAGUAAACAUCAAGGCACUGACUAUAUCUAUAUCUAACGGCAGACAAGCUGCUGUCUCAGGCUUGGGGAGGAUCCCGCUUAUGAUACACAGCUGUAUUUCUACCUGCUAUGAAUAUACACUGAUCAUUUAUCCUUUUUAAUAAUACUGAUGCUGUAGAGAGAGAGACUCGAGCUUUCAUAAAGCUACAUAAUAAUGUUACCCUUAUUCUUAUAUGUUCUAAUCUUGGAACGUUUUCUGAAAGGGAACCUCUCUGUUGUAGGGUUCUACAUGGAUCCUUUAUACCAGGGGUGUUUAAACUUAUCUGCAAAAGGGUUUGUGUUGGUGCAGGUUUUCAUUCCAAUCAAGCAGGAGCUACAGGAUCUGAGUCCAGCUGGUUAAUCAGAUGAUCUCAGCUUUUAAUAAACUCAGGUGAAGCGUUUGCCUGGAUGAAAAUCUGCACCCACAGCAGCAGCAGCAGAGGAAGUGGAGACUCCUGAUUUAAAGCAACACAAAGAACGCUCUAAUGUGCUAGAUAGAAACGUUUUAGAUGUACAUAAUUAACUGGCAACUUGGUGUGUAUUUGAAACAAGGACUACCAUGUUUUUUUUCUUUCUUUCUUUCUUUCUUUCUUUUAAACGUUACUGUUAAUGCUGUAGCUUGAGAAAUCAAAAUCAGCAAAAAUCAAACUCAGUAACAGCGUAUUUGACGAUUUUUACCAACUAUGAACAAUUUUUCCAUUCAAGAAGAACAGCUGGUAAAUUGAUCUCAAACAUAUUAGUGCUUUGAACCAAUGACAGUAAAACAUCUCAGAUCAAUAUCCUUUAAAUCAGUUUGAGCGACCGUUAUUAUCUGCAGUAAACUUUAGUAAUUAAGGAGUAUCUGUAGAGGAACAGAGUACUGCAGAAACAGUGAUGCAUUUCCUGAGAAUUUGUCUUUAAUCCUACAGUUUUUAAAGUCCAUGUAUUACCAUAAUUAGGCAAAUGUUUUACUUUUAUUUGUGGAAUUUGUUUUGUGCAAUGAAAUGAAUGAUUUAUUUUUUUUUAUUAUUAUUAUUCAGUAAAUAUACUGCAUUUAAAGUGACACAUUCCUCUUCAUUAGCCUGGAUGCUAAUGGCCCAGUCUGGAACUGCUAACAGCUUUUCUGGCUUUUGUACACAAAAUAAGGACAUUGUAAAUAUCCUGGAUGUAUGUAAAGAGUAUGUAGUGACAUGUAUACACUCUUGAGCUGGUCCCCGAUAUUACUUUUGCUAACACGAAUGUCUCUGUGUUUACUGCACUGCAUAAAUGUUGUUUGUUUAUUUGUUUUUCUAUUUUUAAUGAUGAUGAUGAUGAUGAUGAGUGCUAUGGGGAUUCACCAGGCUGAAGUGUUUAGGAGACAUAUUGAGGGGUACAGUUUGAUUGGAACGGAGCCUAUGCUGUAUUCCCCAGCUAGCCUUUUCACUGGAUAUUAACUUAUUAUGAAAUGUCUCAUAUCUGUUGCACACACACACCGUAUGUCAGCCCCUCACCAAACAGACUACUGUAACACACACUUUUUUUAUUUUUAAUUACAAUGUACAUCACAUUUCCAUUUUUAAUGAAACUCACGUUUCUUUACACAAACAUUCUCUAAUAACUCUAAUAAUGCAGAAUAUUCCUGCUGAUAUAUAAAUACACACAUCAUGUGGAAUCUACUAAGCACAACUCUCAGGCUGACUCAUGUAUUCCCACACACCUUUGUAUCAUUAGUGCUACUUCAGGCCUGAGUUUGUGUGUAUAUGUACAGUAUAUAUUGUUCAAGAACAGUACGUUUUGAUACAGAGAUUCAUUUGUGAUUAAUCAAGCAGGCGGAUUGUUUUUUUUUGUUUGUUUGUUUGUUUGUUUGUUUGUUUUGGUUAAACUACUAAAUACAAAUUGACGAUCGAAAAUGACUGUCUAAUAAAAACUCUCCAGAUGGUUUGCCAUUCAAA